CGGAGGUGUCUUGGGGAACUGCGAAUAAGAUAUGUCAGGAUAUCAAGGGAGAGCUGGCGAGUGUGCACAGCCCAAGUGAAGACAGAUUCAUCGUUACCAAGAUUAGGGAAUCUCUAGGAUACUCGACCAGCGCAGUGUACUGGCUGGGAGGAAGGUACAACGGUAGCCAAUGGCUUUGGGAAGACUUUUCCAGCAUGGACUUUACGGGUUGGGCUAAUACUAAUGAUGAAACACCUCAUGAAGAUGAGCUGUGCCUUGGUUUGCAAUACAAGAAAUCUCCCAGUGCAGACCUCUCAUCUGGCCUUUACUGGUCUUCACAGCCAUGUGAUAUGGUUGGAGGAUAUGUAUGCAAAAAGAAAAAUCAAGGGGUGACAUUGAGCAAGGAACUUAAUAUGACCAUGAAUGGAACAGAGGGCCGGCUGACAUCACCUGGUUACCCUGAGCAGUACCCAAUCGGAACUGAACUCUGGUCAAGACUUGAAGGCCCACCUGGGCACAGGCUGGUGUUGAACUUCCUGGUCAUGGAUCUGGAGCAUCAACCAGAUUGCCUAUAUGAUUGGAUUCUCCUCGACGAUCCACCUACCAGGCUGUGUGGCCACUAUGACAAAGAACAGCUGCAAAGACUGCACGUUGUAACAACUUCAAAUUCAGCUCUGCUUCACUUCCAUUCUGACUAUUCAGUGUCUGGUGGUGGAUUUGCUUUGGAAUGGCGUGCCGUGGAUGUAACUGGAUGUCCAUUACAAACUACUACAGCUAAGCAGGGAGAGCUGCUGAGCCCCAACUAUCCAUAUUUCCUCCUAUCGGGGCUUGACUGUUCCACUACAAUAUUGGCACCUGAGGGAAAGAGAGUUUGGUUGGAUGUGGAAGACUGGGAUCUGCCUAAGGGUGGGCUGGUUGUUGACUUAGGUGGGGGCGCUGGACGCCUUGUGCCCUACUCCGCAAGCAGCUUGCUCUCUGAAGGCAGUUUUGCUUCAGCUGUAGAGAGGAUGCAGGUCACUUUGCGAACUGGUGAUAGCCCGAAGGGUCGUGGCUAUAGGGCCACCUAUAAAACAGUUGGUACCAUUAUUGAAGAGAGGGUAGUACAAAUGACAAAUGUCACAGUUGGAUUCAUCCUUCACCUAAACUACCCCUUAGAACCUCCACCUCAGACUAACUACACUUUGCGACUUAUUGCUCCCAUUGGAUAUGUUAUACAUCUUCAGUUUCAUGAGCCACCAAGAACCAAUGGAGUAGAAGAAAAUACCCGAGAUAAAUGUUCUUCAGGUGAAAAUCUUAUUGAAGUAAUUGAUCCAUAUGCCGAUAAUAAUGGUAGCAUAUGGCUUGUUUGCCUUGCAUCACUGCCACUUACCUUUUCAUCAUAUCUCAACAAUUUAAAAGUUAAACAAAUCUACGGUGAAACUGUAGGAGGAAUGAAGCUCAAUGCCACUGUCACUGUAAAAAAGGGUUUCCUUUGUGGUUUGACAUACUGUGAAACGGAGCCUUGUCAGUUUGGAGAUUGUUCACUUACCUCAACUGGGUAUAAGUGUCAUUGCCAACCUGGGUAUCUUGGUAGAACUUGUGAUAUUCUUCAAAAACCUUGCUCAUCUAACCCAUGUGAUUCAAGAGGAGAAUGUAUUGAGACUAAUAGAACAGCAUUUAAAUGUCGCUGUCAUGCUUGGUGGGAAGGCCCCCGUUGUGAGAGGCGUAUGAUGCACAUUCCAUACAAACCACUGUCAGAACGCAUGUUACAGGAGCCUUUCUGGUUGGGCCUCAUAACUGUCACUGUAGUCUUAGGAAUCUUGGGACUAUUCUGGUGUGCCAAGCGUCAUUUCCCAGAGAAACUGGAGAAGUUGCUUGCAGAAGAAAAUGAUCGAAACAGGCCUUACUUGAAUGGGUCCCGAUGUGCCAGCCUCCGAUGCCGAGAACCACAGCCUCAGCCUCUAGUUAGCCGGAACUCCCUCCUCGGCCGGCUCGGUAUUCGCAAGCCCUCCCUCCCGGCAGCCCCUACUUCCAGGACUUUUAGCUUGGACGAUUUGCUUAAGCCGCCAACCACACCAUCUCCAAGGAAGAAGCGUAACAAUUCGACACCAGUAAAGAAAAGCUGUGCUUCAGAAAAGAAACAGAUCUUACAACAGUUGGUGUCACCAGUAACAGCGCCCCCUACACAGGCACCUCAAGAAGCUAUACCCUUGGCUACAAACAACAAGACCAACCUGGAGCCAUCUACAUCCAGCAGCGCUGAGACUUCUUUCACAGCGCCACCUCCAGGUCGAUCAGCAGCUGAAAUAAACUCAAAGCUGGAAAAGAAGGUGACAUUUGCACGACUUCUGGACAAAGUUUCUUCGGAGAUGUCAUCUGGUUCAGAGUUGGAAGUGGCCCCUGCUGCCAAUAGCAUGUCACCAAACAGCACCUCAAGCCAGCAGGGUAGUGACUCGCGCUCCAGCAGCGAGACCCAGCUCCACGGUAUGGGAGCUGGUGAAGGUCGAAAGGGGAGAAAGACAGCAUCUGCUGAUUCAAUCCUUGCAAUGUUCCGCAAUUUCUCUGGUGUCACUGGUGCAGUACCAGCAGCUUCUCCCUCAACAACUCCUACCGGUUCAACACCUAGAGAUGAGGUUGCUGGCAGUGAUGAUAGCUCAACAAACACCCCUCUUUCAUCUUCAAGUGGCAUUGCAGAUUCACCACCACUCUUCACGAAAAAAACAACUAUUCAAGUCUCGGUGCUAGAUCCAUUAAGCGCACAAAAAACUAGUAACAGCCUGCAACCUUGCAGUCUUUUGCAACCACCUACCAUCCUCCUGGAAGUUCCAAAUAAGUGCCUCUCACCCAUUCGGGAACUUCCAACCCCUGUUCCUUCUCCAGCACUAACUCCAGUUAUGGCAAGACACAAUCCCAUGGCUCUUCUUUCACCAUUGCCUUACAAGGGGCAGCAAUCACUUAAAUUGGAUUUGAAUAGAAAAGAAGAUGAUAAUGGAAUUGUUAUCCCUGUUGUUAGAGUAGAGGCAGCUUCUCCAGGUCCUGGGUCACCGCCUCCGCAUCGCUCCCAUAAACCCUAUCUUAAAGACUUGGAUAAACCGAAUUCUUUGGAUCUUCCUUAUCCUCCUCCUAUUAUUACUGUCACUUGUAGCAUGACUGAAGGAGAGUCAGACACAGAUUCUCCUGCUGCAAUCAAAACAAAUUCUGCUGGCAUGUGCUACCUGAGUCCAUUUUCCAUGUGCACCAGAAAUGAUAGAACUACUUCUGAGUCCAAUCUUAGUUCUUCUGGAUACAGCUCUAUGGCGAGUCCAGGUCCUUCAAGAUGUGGAUCUAGCAAUCCUCUGUGUCCUACAGAUGUGGAAGAUAAUCAUCAUAUUCCUCGUAGGCCAUCACCUCUUCUGAGAGCUCCAUCCUGUGAAGAAAAGGUAGUCCACCGAGGGAGAUCAGAUUCUGAAACAAUGUCUGAUGAUCCACAGUUGGAAUCAAAUGAUGAAGGUUUCGGAACAGACCAAUUAGAAGAGAAAAUAGAAGAAGGUGAGCUUAAAAGUGCUAAAGAAUUAGAGGUCUUUCUUGAAGAUUGUAAUGAAAGAGCAAAAUUAACUGGCUUACCUCCACCUGGAAAUGUUAAACACUGCAGUAGUUUUGAUACAGGUUUGGAAAAUUGUAAACCAAAAAUAAGAGUGAAACAUUGUACUAGUGUGGAAGCCGGUUUAGAUUGUUUUAGAAUUACUCCUCCUCCUGUAAGACAUUGUGGAAGUGCUGAUGAUAGUCUGAAUAAGAAAGUUUUAUUGCAACUCCCUUCAAUAGUUGUAGAUGGUGAUUUGUGUGGUGAUAAGCAUAUUAGUCCAGUCAGUUCAAGGAGUGAAAGUCCUCUUAGUGACAAAACUGGUUUAGGUAGAUUUUCUCCGAUGUUUUAUGGACGAAUGACUGAUUCAGAUGGAUUGUAUGACUGUGGUGCGAGUUCUGAUUGUUGUAAAAAAAAAAAUUCUAGUCGUAGGAGGGAAAGAAGAAGAAGUAAAUCUCCAACCAAAAUUUCGCAGGUUCUAUUAGAAGUCCCUGGAAAAAAUGGGGUACAUGAAACUGUUGUCAGGGGGACAACAAGAGCCAAACCUAGUCCAAAAAGAAGAGUUAGACCACAGUUUCCUUCUUCAACAUCCUCUUCUUCAGCUGAGAGUCUUAAUUCCAUUAGAGAUGUAACUAUUUGCUUAAGUCCAGAAAAACUAUCUGAGAGACUGAGCGGUGACAAUCAUUGGUCAGGAACAGUGGAAAGGCUAGAACAGGAAUCAGGAGAUGAAGGGGAGGAUGUCACAUCCCAAAUGCUUCCAAAUGAAGGAGAUUUUGGCAUAAAAAGUCAAAGAAAAAUCAGUAAGAUGAGAACUGUUGGCCAUCAGAUUAGGUUCCUACGACGUUUAGAACUAAGUCUCAAAAGGAGUCGUGCCAGAGUAACUAGUCCUGAAAGACCACUGCUACCCACUAAUGAACCUCGGGAACCUCGCGUAGCUAAGAGGUUAUCCUGGCUUAGGGCACGUGGAGUAGUCAGUGAUGGAACACCAGCUUCAAAUGAAUGGGAUAUGCCAGUUUCAUUAUCACAUAGUGGUCAUACUGACUAGCCCUCUCCUUGUCUCACCGCUUCACAACCAAUAUUAUAAUUUCUAAAAUAGUUAAUAUUAAUUCAUUUAAACUAUAUUUAACGUGUAAAACGAUUUAUAUUAUGAUCUAUUGCAUAGUAGUGACAAAGUUUGUUAUUUUUUUAAUUUAUAAUAUCUGAAGUACUUACAGGUUUGUUGUUACCUUAUUUAGUCAGUGAUAAUACUAUUAAAUUUAUGUAGAUUUUUAGGAAUUACAAUACUAAUGUAGGUAUUGAUUACUAAUAUUGUUAACCUUUGUAGGAAUUCAAGUAAUUAUCUCUUUAAAUUUUGAUGGUUAAAAGCCAAGACCUAUAUAUUCUCACUAUAACAGUCUUUCUCAAUUAGAGUCAGUUAACUGGAAAAAAUAUAGAAUAAAUUAAUAAUGUAAUAUACCGUCUGUGAAAUCAUUUUAUCUAGAACUGCGAAAUUGUAUAUUUUUUUCAUUCAAAUCUUACAUCUUAAGUAAUUCUUGUGUUGAAUAGCAUUUUCAGAUUUAGUUAAUAUACUUGAUUAUAUUUAUAAAGAUUCUUUCUUAAUAGAAGCCAUUUUGUUGUGGAAGAAUUUAAAUUUACAAAUCAUUAUUUUCUAAUUUGUUAUUCAUACUUAUUUUUAUUUUAGUUUUUCAGCAAUUUCUUUAAUUCCCUAAAAAUAUUGUGUGAUAAGAGACAAAAUAUUAAUUUUUGUCUGUAUUAUUCUCUAAAACUAUUUACUCAUUUGAGAUUAUUAUGUUUUUCAAUCUUCUGUAUUUACUUUUAAAACAUAAUUUAAAAAUAUUUUCCUCCAAAAAGAAUCAUUUUAAAUUACAAUUUCAUCAACUACUUAAAAGAUUUAUUUUAAUAUUAAUUGGUUUAUGUCAAUCUAAAAUAAAAUAUUGCCAAUAUUGAUACUUUAAACACACAGAUAAAUAUUAAGUAUUUAUGUUUCUUAUUACUUUCUGUAGGUUUUCAGGAUGAAUGAAUUUAUUUAUUAUCUAAUGCGUUUUUCCAUACUCCAUAGUUUCAUAUAAUACACUGUCAAUAGUCCCAAAUGAAAGGGUUGGAGAUUUAAUAAUACAAAAGGAAAACCCAACUGUUUUUUCCAAAUCCUCCACCAAAAAAAAUCUUGUCCCUUGUUUGUGCCUCAGUUAUAAAAUAAAUGGGGAAGUAUUUUUCAUAUAAAUGUCAAUUGAAUUCUAACAAAUAAUGCUUUUGUCAACACUUAUAUAAUUUUAAUGAAACAACUACAUCACAGUGAUUUAUUGAAAUAUAUUUAAAGCAUAUGCCAUAAUCUUUUUUGUGUCGUUGACAGUUUAAUUUCCAUUUAUAUAGUGAAUAUAUAAUCAUAGUAGGGGAGGGGGCUGUUCAUUGAACUCAUAUACGAUGUGAUUAUUGCUGGGAAAAAAACAAUUAAAUUCUUCUGUUUCAGGCUGUCAAGCCUACUUCCUUUUCACUCACCUUUUUCCCCUAAUCUUUAUUAAUGAAUCUAACAGCUAUAUUUUUCAUUAUUAUUGAUCUUUAUCAGCUUCAUUCAAUAAUAAAAAAAAAAAUUUCUAGCAAUGUAAUUUAGCAUUCAGUUGACAAAAUGGUUCCUUGUAGAAAUUGGCUAAUGACAUAAUUUCGAAAUAACUUAAAACAGAUUGACAUACACUCAUAGUAUAGAGAUAAAAAAGUAUUCAUCCUUCAUUAUUUGUUCUGGUUUCCAAUAAAUCAAUAAUUAAAACAUCUACUGUCCAUUAAUGAGGUCAUAUGAAAUGAAUCCAGAAGUAUUAAAAAUAUAUAUAUGAAAAAAUAGAAGUGUCUAAUUUCCUUGGUAUACACUUUUCUAUUCAGAUUUUUUUAUUUGAGCAACUGGACAAUUUUCUUUUGUGUGUAUUGUGGACAGUUUUCUAUAGGGCAUUGAUCUAAUAACUAGUAAAUUCUAGAGAAUUUUUCAUAUUCUUCCUUUGAAAUUAACCCUAACUCUUCUAAAGGUGGACUCUUGUGAGUAUUGAGCAGAUGGAUCUUUCAUUUUCAUUCAAACAUAAAUAUUUUAAAAACUUUGUGGUUAUUAACAUAUUCCUUAUCAGUUCCAUUUAUAAAUCAUGGAAUUCUCAAGUUAUAUUUAAAGAUUAAAUAAUUUAAAAAUAAGAUUUGUUAUUGGGAAUGUGUCAAUUAAAAUCAAACAAAAAAACAUAGGAGCAAGAAAUUUCAUAUUUGUACUGUCCCUUCUUUCAGAUAGCAUCCCUAAGUAGUAAUUAGAGCUAAACUGUUAGCAUGUGAUAUUCAAAACAAUCUAUAAAUUAUUGCCUAUAAUAUCUUUAAUAUUUUAAAAGUUGAUUUAAUUGGCUGUAUUUAUUUUCCGAUAAUGUUAUACAAUAUUAAUAAUAAUUCCAAUAAUGGCGGAUCUCUUAUCCACUAUUUCAUUCUUAGGAAGCGGAGAGUGGAAGAAUUUUGUCUAUUUUAAAGACUGCACUGGUAAGCUAGUGGCUUUAUUGACUAGAUUAGUAAGCAUAUCUUAGCUUUUUCUUUCUAAGAAGUCUUGUAUGUAACUAUAACAAAUUAAGCUUUGAAUAGUUAUCUGACUAGAGCUCUAUGAUAAAUACUUGAACUAUACAAUCAAACACACAAUUUGUAUGCAAUUGUGACCCCACGAGAAGCAAUAUUGUGCAAUAUAAUGAUAAUGUAAUGUAAAUAAUAAAAUAUAACUUUAGAUUUGUGAUCAUAAGGCAAGGUUUGUGAUAAAUAAAUUAGUUGGAGGGUACACAGCCAUUGUUUAUUAUGUAAUUAUGUGCAUAUAAUAUUAAGUUAUUUAUAAGAUAUUUUGUAAAUAUUAAGUAAAUAUGUAUAUCUUUAAAAGUAUUAUUAUAAAUAAGCUUAAAUUGAGCAAGUUGUUUAUGAGAUUAUUUAAGAAAAUGUAAAUUUUUGAUGAAAUAAUUUAUAUUAAAUUCUAAUGGAAUUUAAAAAUCCCAAUUAAAAUUUUUUCCCCAGAGUUGCUCAUGGAUUUUUGAAAUUGGUCCUCUGAAAAUUUAAAGUAGACUUGAUCCAUCAUUUUUAACAAAUCAGAAAGAAAAACCUUAUUUUUCUCAAAAUCUCUUUUUCUGAAAUCAUUUCAUGAUUGACAUAUUAUUUUUUUUAAUUUAUAUUUAUCACUUGAAUCCAACCCUUCAGGUGCAAUGUAUCUGAGAGAUUAGAUGACUUAAAAAAAAAUUUGACCAAAAUGGUUUUCGCCUCUUCAUUAAACAAUUUGCAUGGCCUAUUAUUAUUAACUCUUUUUUGUACUAUUUUCCUGUCUCCUCUCUAUGUAACAAUAAAUAACAAUAGAGGUAUUUAAAAAUAUUAAAAAUUAAUAACUUUGAAAUGAGUAAUUGGCUAUUACAUCAUGCAAUAAGCAGAUUUUUUGGUAAAUGCUAGAUCAAGGAAUGCAUUGAGAUAAAAAAUUAAACUACUCCUAGAUAGUUGGUUGGGAACUCACAAGCAACUGAUUUUUUUUAUAACAUACCAGAUAAAAAUAUGACUGUCACUUAAUAGAGAUUUUGAGAAAAAUUCACUACCUUCUUUUUUGUUUUAAGUAAAUCUUAUCAACAUACAACAAUAACCUUGACCAUUUUGCAACUCAGGGAUAAGUUUUGUAAAAUUAUAUAUUAAAGAAGUACAUUAAAACUUUAACUUCAAUAAAAAUGUCCCCAUUUCAGAAGAAAGGGAAUAUGAGCCCAUAAUACUAUCUGAACUAUUUGAACUUGCUCAAGUAACAUUGUUUAUAAUUAAAAGUUAAGGAAAGAUCAUACAUUUUUUGUUUUAACUCAUAAAUAACACUUAAUGAAUAAUAACUUUAGUUGAAAGCUUUAUAAUAGUUCCACUGUAGAUUCUUGAUAGGUAUGUUCACUGUGUCUGCACUUCGCAUUUUGAGCACUAAGCAAUUAUGGAUCUGUACUGUACUAACCAAAAUUUUAUUACAAAAGUUAAUGAGAAAACCCUCACCCAAUCUAUUACAAAACAUGGAAUUGCGUAAUGAAAAUUCUAAAUCAUUGUAAAUUACUGUAUAUUGAAAUCAUGUCCAAAUUAUCCGCUUAUUUUCAUUGGUACUGUAGCCUAGAGUUAUUGAUUUUGGACCAAAACUCCUUUUAUAAUGUGUAUAAUAGUCACCAAACAAACACCCUUUGUAUAAAUAACUUUUUAUAAUCCUAAAAGAACAGAUGUAAUAUAAAAUUUCAACCAUCAAUCAUAAUUUAUUCUUUUAAAUGUUGAUUGAAAAAUCAUUAUAAAUAGUAAUUUUAAUUAAACAACUAAUAAUAAUGUAGAAUGAUUUUUUUUCUAAAGGAGAAAAAGAUCUUUUAAAAAAAUCAAUGACUAUCCUUAAUUCAAAAUUAUGUUAUUAAACCUUCAAUUAAAUUUAUUUUCAAAUUAUUAUCAAAAGUAGAGAUUAAAAUUUAUUUUAAAUUGAAUAUUUAUAUCAUAUCCUGUUCUUAAAAAUGCUACGAUUUUCAAAUUAUAAAACCUAUCUUCCAAUUUUUAGUUAAAAUUAAUUUUUUUGUGAUAAUAAGCCCGAACUUAUUUUGUUAACAAAGUAGAAGAUAAAAAAAUUAAUUUAAUACUUUAAAAAAUUUGGUCUGUGAUUCAUCUGAAGCAAAUUUUUUUAGAAAAUUCUUUGUUCAUCGCAAUGGUAGAGAGGAAGGAAGUAUAGUAUUCAUAAAUAUUAUAGUCAUCAAAAAUUGUAAAUACUUCCGCAGUCUAAUUACAUUUGUUCAAAUAUAAAAUUUUAUCUUCUACUUUGACUAUCUAAGCUUAUUGUUUUGUGAUAUAUAUUUUUUCUAUUCUGUAUAUAUAUGUGCUUACAAAAAAAGUUAUAAAUGCUUCUCUAUUUUUUGAGAUAAUAAAAGUUAUAACAUGUUUCUCUAGUUUUUUUGUAAAGCAAUCGCUUGAAUGUUUUUUAUAUCUUGGCUCUAUUUUUAUACAGGUUUAUACAAACUGUUUCUCUUUUGUUGGAUUAUAUACUUUAAAAAAAGAAUAAAGAAUGGUCCAAACUUUGUGAAAACUUUACGGGUAAGGGAAUUAUCUCAGAAGUUUUCUGAAUAAUUAUUGAUUACUAUUGGC